CUAAAAACAUUAUCCGCUUCCAAUGUAAAGUGAGAACCUACUCAGUUUUUCAAUGGCUGCCAUUCCCUUGGUACCCUCCCUCCCUUCAUCUAUCAGAACGACAUCGUCGGCUUCGUUGUCUCUCCAUCACUCCGUCAAAUUUCAAUGCUCAAAAAUCUCCUGCUUGCUCCGGCCCUACUCUCGUGAUUUUAUUCUUUCUUCUUUUGCUGCUGCUGCUCCGCGGUGGCCUCCAAACAAAGGUAGGAGCUUUUUCUCUUUAUUAGCAGUUGUAGACGAGGAAUCAGUGGUUGCGGAAGAGAUUGACAGGAAUGAGAGCUACAACGACCUUUUGGGCCGUGAAUUGAAGAAGCAGCCAAGACCAUGUGAACUUUACGUUUGUAAUCUUCCGAGAAGCUGUGAUAUUUCAGAGCUUGCAGAGAUGUUCAAGCCCUUUGGAACUGUUAUUUCAGUUGAGGUCUCCCGGAACCCUGAAACUGGUAUCAGUCGAGGGUGUGGUUACGUCACCAUGGGUUCUAUAAAUUCCGCUAAAAAUGCAAUUGCUGCACUGGAUGGAUCUGAAGUUGGCGGCCGAGAAAUGCGGGUUAAAUUUUCAGUUGAUAUGAGUUCUAGUAAUAGAAGCCCUGAAGCAUUGAAUUCAGCACCCAUAAAAGAUGUCGUUUACGAAAGUCCAUAUAAGUUGUACAUUGGCAAUAUUUCCUGGAGUGUAAAACCUGAGGAGUUGAGGAAUCAAUUUAGCCAGUUUGGGAUUGUUGUUAGUGCAAGAGUAUUAUAUGAUCGAAAAGCUGGAAAGAACCGUGCCUAUGGCUUUUUGUCCUUUUCGUCUGCUGCAGAUCGUGAUGCUGCACUUUCUCUGAAUGGAAGAGAAUUUCGUGGACGGAUAUUAGUGGUUAGAAAAGGAGUUGAGAGAGAUAAUUGAGGCUUGCCGGAAAUUUUGUUUGCUUUAUAUCUGUGAUGGAGCAAUUUCCCUUUUUUCUUAUUUUUUAUUAGCAAAUGCGAUAGCUGGAUUCUCACUCAAAAUUCUUAGGAGAAGAUUGGUUGUUGCAUCUUCAUUUCCACAAAUUCAAAGUUGUAUAUCUUGCAGUUGAGUUUAGGUUGUAUCCUUCAAAGCUUUGCACAAGACAUUUUAUUUUUUAAAAAUACCUUUGAGAAA